AUGUCUUCCCCCAUGAUGGUGAAGGAAGAACAACCCUUCCUGAAAUAUUCAGACGAUGCUACGAUAGAUGAUAAUGAGUCUGAGUCAAGUCAACGGCAUCAUCCACAAGGGCGCUACAGUCGACUUCUCUCAUGCUGCUUGGUAUUCUUCUUCACCUCAGCGCUUUGGGUUGCAGUCAUCUAUCUCACAUCCCCGCCAUCGACAUCAACAGACACAAGCAAUACCUAUGGCUCAUCUCCGGCCCAUCGGCACAAUAUAACCUCCAAUUCUAAACUUAUCAAAUGCGGUAACUCUACUGCAGAAGCAAAAGCUUUGGGCUGCAGAUACGACAUCCUACUCAACCAUUGGGUACCUUCGCAAUGUUGGGAUCAAGAGAUGAUCGAGGAGUAUCAAGACGAUAACAGCUGGACUGCAUUUUAUGAUGAGGAUUUGAGGCUGCCAAUCAAAACUAUUGACGAAAUGGGCGACCGUGACCAUUAUUGGACUUCAGCGAGGGAUCACAUCAAUCAUUGCGCCAUGAUGUGGAAGAAGCAGUUUUGGGUGAUGUUUGAGGAUCGUGUGGCUAUGGAUUCGCUGAUUACUGGGCCGGGGCAUACGGAUCAUUGCGCGCAGUAUCUGAUGGAUGCGUCAAGUGGCAAUUUCACGCUGUCGACGAGGGUUGAGGUCGGGUUUGCUGGCUGUUGGGUACGAAGCUAG